AUAGUGUUUGUGAAUGGAGUAAAUGGUUGGCAUUUGAAUGAAUCAAUGAAUGAAUGAUUGAAUGAAUCGUCAAAACAGUGUUUAACUGACACUUAAAUUAAGUGAAUAUUAGUUUAAUUUUUGAGAUAAUUAACUAAUUUGUUUGUUUGACAUCACAUUUGACACAAUGCCUACAUUUAAAGUGAAAGUAAAGUGGAAUAAAGAGGUCUAUCAAGACAUGGAGUUAUGCACUGAAGAGCCGCCCGUUGUCUUCAAAGCGCAGUUGUUUGCAUUGACCGGAGUUAACACUGACCGACAAAAGCUACUCUUUAAGGGUAUGACUGUCAAGGAUGACGACUGGAAUAAUCUUCAAAUCAAAGAUGGAAUCACUUUACUAUUGAUGGGCAGUAAAGAAGAGUUGCCAGAAGUGCCCAAAGAGCAGAUAGUAUUCAUGGAAGACAUGAAUGAUAACGAGUUGGCAUCAGCUCUUCAAUUGCCGGCCGGUCUCACAAAUUUGGGUAAUACUUGUUAUAUGAACGCAACGGUUCAGUGUCUGCGAACUGUUCCCGAACUCAUUGAAUGUCUUAAAAAUUAUUCCGGACGAUUAACCAUAACUGAUGGAUCAUUAGAUGCUUCACAAAGUUUGACAAUAGCUUUACGCGAUUUAUACGAAGCAAUGGACAAAUCGUCUACAAUCGCACCGUUAAUAUUGCUUCAAGUUUUGCAUUUGGCGUUUCCUCGGUUCGCUGAAAAGGGAGAGAGUGGAGGUUUCAUCCAACACGACGCCAACGAGUGCUGGACUGAACUGAUCCGAAUGAUUCAACAAAGACUUAAAGUCAAUUCUAGUUCAGUACAAACUCUCAAUUUUAUUGACCAAUAUUUUGGCGGUACUUUUGAUGUUGAAAUGAAAUGUACUGAAACUGAUAGCGAAGAACCGGUUCGUUCAACUGAAAACUUUUUGCAAUUGAGUUGUUUUAUAUCAACAGACGUCAAAUACUUACAAUCGGGACUCAAGUUACGUCUUAAAGAGACAAUAGAAAAGUUUUCGCCGACACUUAACAAGAACUCAAAGUACGAAAAGACCAGUAAAUUAAGUCGAUUGCCGGCAUAUUUGGCCAUUCAGUUCGUUAGAUUCUUCUACAAAGAACGGGGUUCUGUCAACGCUAAGAUCCUUAAGGAUAUUAAAUUUACGCUCAAUUUAGAUGUAUUUGAAUUGUGUACGACUUCACUACAGGAUAAACUAAUACCAAUGAGACACAAGUUUAAGGAAAUAGAAGACAAACAAUUAGAAGAAACUCGAAAUAAAACUAAUAAACAAAAGAAAGAAAAAGAAGACGAAACAAAAGCAAAAUACAAACAUAAAUACUCUUUUGAUGACGACAUCGGCUCCAAUAACAGUGGAUUUUAUGAUUUACAGGCAGUGCUGACACAUAAGGGCCGAUCCAGUUCUAGUGGUCAUUAUGUCGGUUGGAUUAGAAGAAAGCCGGAUGAAUGGUUUAAAUGUGAUGACGAUGUGGUCACUCUCGUCAACUCCGAUGAGAUACUGAAGCUUUCGGGCGGUGGUGAUUGGCACAGCGCUUAUGUUCUUCUAUAUGGACCACGAAUUUUGUUAACCGAUGAACCUCUUAACCCGACAGACAUACAAACUGUUCAAACGUCUCAGCAAUAGAUUUAUGAAACAUUUUUAAUGUAAUUCUAUUAAAAUAUAGUAUAUUUUUAUUUUAAUAGAAUU